AAUGUACUCUUAUGCUCCUUUAGGUGUUUCAUAUGCUUCUCCAUUAGCAACAUCAAUAGCCAGACCAGUUCCAGGUAAUACUUAAUUAGACUAAUUAUUAGUUGGAUAUGGAGCCCCAGUCUCAUAUGUUUAACCAGUAUAAUAUGCAGCUCCUGUUUCUUAUGCUUCUCCAGCCUACUCUCCUAUUAGAGGUGAAUCAAGAGUUGAAUAUGUUCCAUAUCAAAAGCCAGUAGUAGAAAUGGAAGAGGAAGUCAGAACUUUUUAAGUAAAUAAUAAAUUAACACGUAGGUGCCAAGAUAAAAAUGGGUGACUGAUUAUUAUCCAGUGGAAUAUUAAAAGGAAUAUAUUCCUUAAGUUUCAUAUGAAAAAUAAAUCGAUUAUGUGCCAGUUGAAAAGAAUGUACCAAGAGUUGAUUAUUUAGAAUAUGAAAGAGAAGUUCAAUUUUUAUUAAUUCUUUAUAGGUUAGAAGAGCUCCUCCUGCUUAAGUUUCAUAUGCAUCACCACUUUCUUACAGUUAUGCUGCACCUGUAGUACCAGUAGCUCCAUUAAGAACUAGCUAUGUUGCUCCAACAAGCUAUGUUGCUCCAACAUAUGGAUAUGCCCCAAAUUAUAGCUAUGUUGCACCAACAUUUGGUUAUGGAUCAGUUUAUAGAUAUUGA